AGCAAACAUUUCAGUUACUCCUUUUUACUAGGCAUUGCUCUGGGAGCUUGGGACAUGGGCUAGGAAAGAUGUCAUCAUCACCUCUCAGUUUACUGGGAGGCAGGUAAAGAGAUACUUAGACUAUGGUUGAUACUUGGUGGGCUCUACCCGAGACAUCAUAGGGUACAAGGGUGCACAGAAAAAGGGCUUCGAACUUGGGCUUUUUGCUGUUCCAGGUCUGCCACUCCAGUACUUUGGGAAGUCAGGGAAAUGGGCAGAGAGGGAAAUAGCUGGGCACUAUCACAAACUGGGAAAAUAGGUAGACAUAGAGUGGCGGGACCUUCUAGUUUUUGUUAGGAAAAAACACCAAUCUGAAUUUUUAUGUGAGCUCUCUUGAUUUUUAAGUGCUGUAAAUGAAUCCAAUUUUUCAAAAGUGGGAGGCCAAACAAAACACACCCCUGCGAGCUGUAUGGCCUCGGCCUGCCAGUUUGCUGGGCAUUCUGCCAACCAGCCGUCCUUCCUCUCACCAGAGACUUGAGGGUCCACUAUUUUAUGCCCUGGGAAAUAGAGCAGUGAGCAAGCCAGACAACUUUCUUGCAUGUGGGGGGCCCUGGUACUGUGCGUCUGGAACAUCAGAAUGUGUGGGAAUCACCUGGCAGUUACAUUGAAAGGCAGACUCCCGAGUCAGGAGGUCUGCGGUAAGGUCUGAAAUUUUCUUUCUAACAAGUUCCCAGGUGAUGGUAAUGCUGGUGGUCCCUGAACCAUAUAUGCUUGAGUGGAGUUGCUCUAUAUUCUGGAGGGACUUAGGAGCAGCUGUUACCCCGGAGGUAGGGACCGAGCCACGAAAGUGCAUCAGCCUGGCAAGCUCCGUGUUUUUACUUGGAUUUUAGCUUAUUGGGGUGUCUCGGAACAUUGCUGAGGACAGCUCAGCUGUCUCGGAGGCGGCUGCCUAAGGCUGCCCUGACAGAUCUCUGUUCUCAAGAGUUUAUAGUCUAGAAGGCGGGGUGGGGGUGGGAGUGGAGGAAGGAAUUGGGGAAAGCUUCCUGGAGGAGGUACAUGGGAACUGCAGGACCUUUCCCGGCCGCGGAGAAAGGAAGAAAUCCUGAACUCCCUGGUCUCCUCCGGCCGGUCUCGGCAUCCGCUCGCUGGGUACGGUUUCCCAGGUUUCCCACGUGUCGGCUGUGCACGAGUCCCUGUCAAUCAAGCUUCUCUCCCCAAGCCACCCGGGCUGCGUACGGGUUUAAAGGAGGCAGCGGUGUAGAGCGCUCCCAUCGUGCCGCGCGGCGGGCGGGUUUGGAUUUUAAAUCCCCGCGGCCAAUCAGUGGCGCGCAGGCUCUUGUAACGUUCCCGGCGCCGCGUUUGAAUUCGAGGAGGAGCGAAGCGGUGCCAAGCCUCUACCCAGACCCUGCUAGGUCCGUGGAGCAGCUCCGGGAACAUGAGUGCGGCGGCAACUGCAGGGAAGCUGGCGCGGGCACCAGCGGACCCAGGGAAAGCCGGGGGUCCCGGAGGUGCAGCUCCCGGGGCCCCGGCGGCUGCUCCGCCGGCGAAAGAGAUCCCGGAGGUCCUAGUGGACCCGCGCAGCCGGCGGCGCUACCUGCGGGGACGCUUUCUGGGGAAGGGAGGCUUUGCUAAGUGCUUCGAAAUCUCGGACGCUGACACUAAGGAGGUGUUCGCGGGCAAGAUCGUGCCUAAGUCUCUGCUGCUCAAGCCGCACCAGAAGGAGAAGAUGUCCAUGGAGAUUUCCAUUCACCGCAGCCUCGCCCACCAGCACAUCGUAGGCUUCCACGGCUUUUUCGAGGACAAUGACUUCGUAUUCGUGGUGUUGGAGCUCUGCCGCCGGAGGUCUCUCCUGGAGCUGCACAAACGGAGGAAAGCACUGACCGAGCCGGAAGCCCGCUACUACCUUCGGCAGAUUGUCCUUGGCUGCCAGUACCUGCACCGAAACCGGGUUAUUCACCGGGACCUUAAGCUGGGCAACCUUUUCCUGAAUGAGGAUCUGGAGGUGAAAAUAGGGGAUUUUGGACUGGCAACCAAAGUGGAAUAUGACGGGGAACGCAAGAAGACCUUGUGCGGGACUCCCAAUUACAUAGCUCCUGAGGUGCUGAGCAAGAAAGGGCACAGUUUCGAGGUGGACGUGUGGUCCAUUGGGUGUAUCAUGUAUACAUUGUUAGUGGGCAAACCACCUUUUGAGACCUCUUGCCUCAAAGAGACCUACCUCCGGAUCAAGAAGAAUGACUACAGUAUUCCCAAGCAUGUCAACCCUGUGGCCGCCUCCCUCAUCCAGAAGAUGCUUCAGACAGAUCCUACUGCCCGCCCCACCAUUCAUGAGCUGCUCAAUGACGAGUUCUUUACUUCCGGCUACAUCCCUGCCCGGCUCCCCAUCACCUGUCUCACAAUUGCACCCCGGUUUUCCAUCGCUCCCAGCAGUCUGGACCCCAACAGCCGGAAACCUCUCACAGUCCUCAAUAAAGGCACGGAGAACCCCAUGCCUGAGCGGCCCCGGGAAAAAGAGGAGCCAGGGGUCCGGGAGACCAAUGAGGUGGUUGACUGCCACCUGGGCGAUAUGCUACAGCAGCUACACAGCGUCAAUGCAUCCAAGCCCUCAGAGCGGGGGCUGGUGAGGCAAGAGGAGGCUGAGGAUCCUGCCUGCAUCCCCAUCUUCUGGGUCAGCAAGUGGGUGGACUAUUCGGACAAGUACGGCCUCGGGUACCAGCUAUGUGACAACAGUGUGGGGGUGCUCUUCAAUGACUCGACGCGCCUGAUCCUCUACAAUGACGGUGACAGCCUGCAGUACAUAGAGCGUGAUGGCACCGAGUCCUACCUCACCGUGAGCUCCCACCCCAACUCCCUGAUGAAGAAGAUCACCCUCCUGAAGUAUUUCCGGAACUACAUGAGUGAACACUUGCUGAAGGCGGGGGCCAACAUCACGCCCCGGGAAGGCGAUGAGCUCGCCCGGCUACCCUACCUGCGCACCUGGUUUCGCACCCGCAGCGCCAUCAUCCUUCACCUCAGCAAUGGCUGUGUGCAGAUCAACUUCUUCCAGGACCAUACCAAACUCAUCCUGUGCCCACUGAUGGCAGCUGUGACCUACAUCGACGAGAGGCGGGACUUCCGCACGUACCGCCUGAGCCUGCUGGAGGAAUACGGCUGCUCCAAGGAGCUGGCCAGCCGGCUCCGCUAUGCCCGCACCAUGGUGGACAAACUGCUGAGCUCCCGCUCGGCCGCCAGCCGUCUCAAGGCCUCCUCAUAGGCCUUCCUCCCCUCCGGACUGGCACCCCUUCUUUCCCCCACAGCACCUUGGCUUGCACUGGUUAGCUCCCCUCGUGCCGUUUUCUAGAAUAUGCCCCCCAGCCCUGGGGGCUGGGGAGAGCUCCAUCAUCCUUGCUGGUGGGGGUCGUCGUGUAAGUUAUUUUUGUACAUGUUUGGGUAUGGGUUCUAUGGCCUCUUCCCCUUGCCCCUCAGCCCCACCAUAUGCAUUGUACAGAAUACUGCUCUUGAAUCUGGGACUGUCCUUUCCUUGCCUUUAUAUACAUUAAACACAUGUGAAUCUUCUAUUUCUUCUGUAAUCCCUGAGAGUACCUGGCUUCUGGGCUCUGGACACGUCUUUGCUCCAGAAGCCCCGGGCUGCCAAGACUCUGCCAGUUUUUUUU